GCGAUGAGCCAAUCAGUAGAAAUCGGAAAGUUUAGGCAAUCGAUCCAUCGAUGGUGUUACGUGGGUGUGGAUUUGUUAAAGUACUACAUUUUACUAGGUUAAAAGCUCAAUAAUGGCAGCUUGUGGACAGCUUAAAGAUAUUAUCUUGAACAACAAGGCGGUAACCAUUUUGAGUAUCGUUCUUUUCGCAUUUGUGAUUUCCACGAUUGCUCUUGCCGGAUCCAAUCAGCGCAAGAAGAAUGCUAUUCGACAAUGUGAAGCGGACCUGAUAAAUAGCAAGAAACCACAAUGUUUGGUGAACAUAACCAGUGAUCUGCCUGAUCGAGAACCCGUUUAUCUUCGGAUCGCAAACGGUCUGAAUGAGCUCUGGUACCCGGAAGGCCCUCUGCUUGAGUGGACCCGUAGCAGCCUAGAUUUCUCUCUGCUUUGCGCCGGUACCGGCAACACUGUACUGGAUGGAGCGAAUGAUCUUGCAAGCGGCCAGUGUGGGUCGGAUGGAAAGUUCAAAAUCGGAGAUAAAUCGUACGAAGCCAAAGAUCUGACAUGUAAAUCGGAAGUGGACGGUGAUUUUCAAAACCUUGGGACUUGUGCUGAGGGCCGAGGCAUUUCUUAUCAACUGGGAUUCAAAACCGUGUUUGGCAACCGCUUUAUUACGUAUUUUGAUGCAUGUUUCCAUAGUGAUACACAGUCUCUGUUGUAUACGAAACACAUAAUUCCAAGUGGUGCUCAACAAACUACAGUAACGGUAGAUAACGCAGUAUGGAAAAAAGGAGAUUUGGUACCUGACUUCGACGCCAUAUACAAACAGGCAGAUCAAAAGACUCGCUUGACUGCUCUCCUAGGUAGUGAGGAAGAAGCAAACAAGUAUCUAAUACAGGAUGUGCAGUAUCUUUCGAAGGGGCACAUGACCCCCAAGGGUGAUGGUGUGUUCCGUAGCUGGAAACGAGCUAGCUUUUUUUACAUGAAUGCGGUACCACAAUGGAAGACUGUCAACGAGGGAAACUGGAACGAGGUAGAAAAAUUGUCCCGCUGGAUAUCUGCGGUGCUGAAAGAAGAUCUGGAUUCCUACCAGGGCUCUGGCGUUGAAGUUAUGACCCUACCCGACAAAGAUAAAAAGCAACAACCCUUAUCUCUCGCAGACAAAGUGGCACAGGUUCCGCUGUGGCACUGGAAAAUCAUCAAAUCAACCAAACUUGAUGCCGGUAUUGCAUUCGUGACGCUAAACAAUCCGUUCGUCGCCAAGUUGGACGAUUUGAGGCCACCCUGCCUGAAGAAUAUUUGCACCAAAACGGGCUGGGCUAAGGCUGAGUUUACGAACUUUACCCAGGGCUACACUCAGUGCUGCGAUCCUAACGAGAUUCUGAGAUUCGUACCCCACGCUCCGUAUGAGGCUAUGGUGCGGAAUGUGUUGACUUCGGGAAUGGUGAUGGACUCGGGUGCCGAAGCACUAGCAAGAGGGCUGAAGUUAGCACUUUUAAUGGUUAUCGUUUUGGUAUUUAGAUAGCUUAUUUUAGGAAAUUCUGAACUUAGGUCCUAGAGAAAAGUUGUGAGACAAUUAACAACAGUAUUUUUACAGAACAUUGUAUAACUAACAAUUGACUGUAAAUGGUAUUUUGGAACAAUACAUUUCUUGUCCACUAAGGAUUCAGGAAAAAAGCUUGUUUUUUAUUUGUUCAUUGAAUUCGACUUGUAAGAUAUUAAUUUUUAAUUAUAAGUUUUUGAACUUACACGAUCCAAAACAUUUUUCGAUAUUUUGGAUUGUGCUUAACCGUGUAUUUAUAAACAAAAAACUCAUCCGCUAGGAAAAAGUGAGGUUUAGCCAUAGCUCAACCGGUACACCACUAGUCAUCUGAGCUGAUAGUUAUUGGUUCAAGCCCAGGAAAAAGCCACUCCAUAAAUAGUCUAUAGAUAUUUAAUCAGAACAUCAUUAGUUUCGAUAAAUUCCCGUAGUGUCAGCACCUAUACGAGUUAUAACUCAAAAGACGUUUGAAUAUAGUCCAGACAGUUCAGUGUGUUGGUUAAAAUAGACAGGUUUCAGUAUAUCAGUGCAUUACAUUUUACCUCUGGAUUCUACAAAAAAAAUAAUAAUUUAAACUGAUGCCGUUUGGUCUUAAGAAUUCUCCGGAUAGCUUACAGCUUGCUCUUAGAAUUCGCCAGCC